AUGGCGGUGGGGAGAUCAGUGAAGCAAAAAGGCCGACCAACGGUUGCAGGGAAGGAAGGUAUCCCCCAAGGAGUCCGUGAAUAUCGUUUUCAAGGUGUUGCGAACAUGGAGCGCGUGAUUGAAUCCCACAUGGACCUUCUUAGCAAUCAAAAUAACAAAGGGAAGGAGAAGUCGCUGUCCGCCUCGCAAGAUGAAUGCCCAAGCGAAUUCAUUGUUUUCACUGGCGUUCCCUCAGACGUCCUCGAACACAACGCCAUCGAGAAAAAAUUUUCCUCCUAUCACAAACAACUUAAAAUCCUCGUCCUAAAAAUGGUGCUACGCCCACACGAACGAGCCAGCCGGGUAUUUGAAAGGCUGCUGCAGGAUGCAAUUAGACCAAUGGGUCUCGAAGAGCAAAUUGGACUUGACGGUACAGCAAGAAUCCACGGCCUGCAGAGAGACAAGGAACCGGAUUGUUCCUAUCGUCCACGCAUCCUGCCAGCUGGCAGAGCGACCCAAUGGCCAAGCAUGGUUGUCGAGGUUGCAGAUUCAGAGAGCCAGAAUCAGGUUGAUGCCGACGCACAUUGGUGGUUGGAAAAUUCAAAUGGAGAUGUCAAGAUUGCUAUUACUAUUUCAAUCCGAAGGGCAAGGAUCACCAUCCGACGAUGGGAGACCAUCGAUCGUCCGACUAGAGCAAACCCAUACCGAACCGUCACCAAACUCAUGCAAGAGGUCAAUAUUGUUAGACAGCCUAAUGGGUCGAUAACGACGAUGGGCACGGCACCACUCAGAUUGCCAUUCGAAAAGGUGAUGCUUCGCCGGCCCUCAAUGCCACUAGAAGGGGAUUUCCUUAUCCUAGAUGAGGCGCUGAAAGAGCUCGGGCAGGAGGUUUGGGAGGUUCAAGAGCAAUGA